AUGUGUAUACCGAAAAAUCUCAUAUUUGUUUUUAUUCCAGUGCUCAUAUUGUGCUUUUGUUUAUCUGUCGUAUCAAGCACAAUUAGUCCUUGUGCAAAAUGGAAUACAACAGGGGCAACUAUAGCUGGAACCGGUGAAGCCGGUAAUUCUAGUUAUCAGAUUGAUUCAGCCAAAGGAAUUUUCAUUCAUAAAGAAAGAAAUGAAUUAUAUGUUGCUGAUUUUAAUAAUAAUCGUGUUCAAAGAUUUUCACUAAGUGACCCAUCAAGAAUGGGUAUUACGGUAGCAUCUGGUAUAAAAAAUCCAAUGAAAGUCUAUGUUGAUGAUGAUGUUAAUGGACCAACUGUUUAUGUUUCACUUCGAUUUUUGAAUCGUGUUGAAAAAUGGAUCAAUGGAGCAACACAAGGUGUUCAAGUCGGUGAUGAAUGUCAAUUAUGUUGCGGUGUAUCAGUUGACAAAGAGAAAAAUGUUUAUAUGUCAGAAUCCAAUAGACAUCGUGUUGUUCAAUGGUCACCUCGAACAAAUAUGACGACGCCUGUUGCUGGAAAGACAGAUACUAAUGGAUCAACAAGUGAUCGACUAGAUCAUCCUCAAGGAAUUUAUGUCACUAGAGAUGGAAGUAUAAUUUAUGUAGCUGAUAUGUGGAAUAGUCGAAUUCAAAAUUGGACACAAGGUUCACAUGAAGGAACUACAGUAGCUGGAUCCAGUCAAGGUACUCAAGGUCAUGAUCCUGGAACUUUAAAUUUUCCAAAUGAUGUUAUUGUUGACGAAGAAACUAAUGUUGUUUAUGUUAUUGAUACAUCAAAUCAUCGAGUUCAACGAUGGAAACCAUUUGCAACCGAAGGUGAUACUAUAGUUGGUGACAGGGGUGCCGGUAAUGCAACUAAUCAAUUACAGAAACCAGCUGGUUUAGCAUUUGAUAUGAAAGGAAAUCUUUAUGUAAUGGAUAUGGAUAAUCAGCGCGUACAAAUGUUUGAAUUAAUUAAUAAUCGACCUUGUCUUCUGAAAUCAACAGCAAAUUCAUCGAUGCUCGGGUUAGUUGGAUAA